AUGGCCGUUUCAAUUUCAGCCUCCUCCACCAUAACUCUCUCUUCUUUGAACUCUAGCACUCGUGUGGGAGCUUCGUCUUCUUCUCCGCAACUUCAAUUUCCUCUUCGAACUCGCUUUCUUCCAAUUGGUACUCGCCGUCUUCCUGCUUCUUCCCGCCCUAGAUUCCUGGUUCAAGCAAAGAAACAAACAUUUUCCUCUUUUGAUGAUUUGCUUGCUAACUCAGACAAGCCUGUAUUUGUUGACUUCUAUGCAACCUGUAAUCCAAUGUUGGUUUACAGGUGUGGUCCUUGUCAGUUCAUGGUUCCCGUCCUUGAGGAAGUAAGCACGCAGCUUAAUGAUCUGAUACAAGUAGUUAAGAUUGAUACUGAAAAGUAUCCCAGUAUUGCCAGCAAAUACAAAAUUGAGGCAUUGCCAACUUUCAUCAUCUUUAAGGAUGGAAAACCUUUCGACCGCUUUGAGGGAGCAUUAACUGCGGAUAAGCUAAUUGAACGCAUAGAAACCAGUCUCAAAAGUUAA